CGGGAAGAGCCGGCCCCGCCAGCCAAUGGGAGCGGGUGCAACACAGAAGGCCCGCUCGUCGUUCAGUGCGGCGACGCCGUCUGCCUCCUUACUCACCUCCUUUUCCGCCCAACCCCACCAUGUCGCUCGCUACACUCAGGGGAUCUGUCGCCAGCGCAGGUCGUCGUGCUGCGUACAGACCAGCAGUCGGGGUAUAUGCCUCUGCAUCUCGCAAUGUACACUCGUCAGCACCUGUCGCAUCACCGCCAGAAGUCUCUACCCAUUCAACAAACCCUGAGGAGCCCGUCACCCACAUUGCCAUGCGAGGUUCCAACCAAUUGAGUUUGGAGACCCCGCAGAAUAAGGCUGAAUAUGUGUUGUCGACGCUGGACAAGGUCGUGAACUGGGCACGGCAAGGCUCGAUGUGGCCGAUGACCUUCGGUCUUGCCUGCUGUGCCGUAGAGAUGAUGCACAUGGCUGCCGCUCGGUACGACCAGGAUCGGUUGGGUGUUGUCUUCCGGGCUUCCCCACGACAGUCCGACAUCAUGAUUGUCGCUGGUACCCUUACAAACAAGAUGGCACCCGCUCUCCGUAAGGUCUAUGAUCAGAUGCCUGAACCCCGCUGGGUAAUCUCCAUGGGCUCGUGUGCCAACGGCGGAGGCUACUACCACUACUCCUAUUCUGUCGUGCGUGGGUGCGAUAGAAUCGUCCCGGUCGAUAUCUACGUGCCUGGUUGCCCGCCUACCGCGGAAGCGCUUCUAUAUGGCAUGCUGCAGCUGCAGCGGAAGAUGCGUCGGAACAGGAAGAGUGUUCUCUGGUACCGGAAGUAGAACGCCGAGAGCUCUGACUGGAUUGGCAAUAGUGGAUGUGGAUAAUGUAGAGCUUGUCGUAGUGUACAAUGAGCAUCUAUGAUAGCAGCUGGGCAUCGACUAUUGGCAUCGCCUGUGUGACUGAUUUUUUGGGGAAUGUAGUCCUCGGAAUCGACCCUCGAAGGGGAAC